AUGAAAUAUUUUAAAAAUAUUUUUAGUGGAAAUUCAACGAGAACCAGUCUUAAAAUAAAAUGGGAGCAUCGACAAGAGAAACAACGACACGGGCAUUUUCAUGUUGUUGAACCAAUAAAUGAAAGAAUAUCACAAAGCCAUUACGUCUUUUCAAAGUUCAGACCGAGGGAACUAUUAGCCAAGCUACACAUUAGAACAACAAAGCCUGAGGAUUAUGGACUUUACAAAUGUAAAGUGUCAGACGAUUUUGGAGAGACAGAAGCUACUGUCCAUUUAGCAAUGAGUACAGUACAGAUGCCUCUAGCUUCUCCUCCAGAAAUGCCCCGACAGUGUUGUGCCCGUAGUGGUGUAAAUAAACGUUGUUUGUUAAUGUGUGGUAUGACUGAUUCAGAAAAUCGUCGUUAUGUCCCUAGACCAUUUAUGAGACAAAAUUGUAGUGGAGAGAUUUCUAAGGUACUUGCAUGUGCAAUGCCUUUGGUUGAUGAAAGCGCUUGCUGCUUGAUUAAAGAGGUGCCUUCUCAAUGUCUUUACCUUUGCGAUCAUCAACAAAAAGCACCUAAUUUAAUGCCCUCACUUUGCUUGGAUUAUGUUGCUACGGCUGAGCAAUGCCGUCUUUCUGGAAUUCAAAACAGGCCAAGUGUUGUUCGCAACCUGAAAGCACAAAUUACUCAAGAAAAUAAUUUAUUAUCAACUUCAAUUUCUCUUUUAAUUAAUUAUGACAAUUCUGAUAGAGCUGAUAUUUAUUAUAUUUAUUGGCGGUCAGAAGGGGGGUUUUGGCAGCACAGAUCUUCAAAUGGGACAUCAAAGAAAUUAAUUUUAGCCUCUUCCGUUAAUGAAUUAGUUGUUGUUGCUGCUAAUGCUUUUGGCUUCUCACAACCUUCACAGCUUUUUCUAAGAGAGGGAAAUUGGGUAAAAAUAUAA